AAAUGUAAUUAUUUUUAUAAAACUGGCUUUUAUUUUACAGCGUCGCAGGACCAUUUAGAGAAAAUGAGCGAUCCAGUAAUUUUAUAGCCUGGCCCAUUUUCCAUUACGGCCCAAUCAAUUUCUAUCAGUAAUAUUUCGGGUCUUACCGAAUGAAGAUUUAGUGCUAGGGUUUUAGGAAUUGGAAAGGGGAUUUUACAGUCGAAAUGGGAAGGAGAAUAUUGAACGACGCGUUGAGGACAAUAGUGAAUGCAGAAAAGAGAGGAUUUGCUUCUGCUGAGCUACAACCUGUCUCCAAUGUCAUUGCUAAUUUCCUUCAAAUCAUGAAAUAUCGAGGUUAUAUUAAGGACUUUCAAGUGCAUGAUCCUCAUAGAGUUGGUAAGAUAUCUGUUCAAUUGCUUGGACGGGUCAAUGAUUGUCGAGCUCUCACCUAUAGACAGGAUAUCAAGGCGGCGGCCAUUGAGAAUUAUAAAACACUCACGCUUCCUACACGUCAGUGGGGAUAUGUUGUAAUUACAACACCAAACGGAGUUUUGGAUCACGAAGAAGCUCAGCGGCAAAAUGUGGGUGGACAGGUUCUUGGCUACUUUUAUUAAACAAGUUCGGACAUGGUUCUGAUGUCAUCUGUUUUGUACAUUGUGGCUUGCGUCUGGCAAGGAAGUUUCAAACAUAAAAGCAGCCUUGCCUCUCCAAAGGCCCUAACUGAAAGUGGAUUGCCAAUAGGGAAUAAAAACAUGAGAAUUCCUGUUAAAUUUCUCUAUUUGCUCGUCUUCAGUUAUACUUCUGAGCUUUUGAUGCGGAGACUGAGUCAAAAUGUUUGUGUCCAUAAUCUAUGAGAAUGUUUAGUGCC